CGUAAAGUGCAAUGCGCGUUGCUAUUGGAGACGCAAUAUAGGAAGUAAAUUCCUCUGCCUGCGAAUCUUGUUUUGGGAACUCGAAGAAAAGGCAGAAAUAUAUCUGUCGCCGUAAAUUUGGUCUGCUGUUUCUCACCUGGAUCCGAUUUUAACCGUCAACCCGUGAGGCUGUAACGCUAACGUUUAACUCCGUUAAUCUAAGCAGGUAUUAAAAGUCAAUGAGUCGCAGUCGCAACCCAGCUCCUCGGGGUCAAGGGGCGGCCCGAGCCAAACAGAUGGGGCUGCUCCUUGACCUGUCUCCGGAUGGCGGCAUGGAUGAUGAGGGAAAUGAUGAUGAGCUGGAGGCAGAGUUACUCAAUCUGGUGGGAGGAAGUAAGGGAGGAAGAGCACAAGGGAAGAAAGGUGACGGGAGAGCUCCUGUUCCCAUGGCUGAAAUUGAGCGAAUGGCAGCUCUGUGUAUGAAAGAUCUAGAUGAUGACGACAUGGGGGACGAUGAUUUGGAUGACGAAGAUCUGUUGGCAGAACUGAAUGAUGUUCUGGAGGAUGAUGAGGAGCAUACUCCUGCUCCAACUCCACCUACCGCUACACCAACAGCUCCUAAAACUAGUGUCACCUCACACCCCUCACCUCCUGCUGCUCCCAGUGGUGCAACUGGGUUGGAGUCACGGCUCCUCGAGCGCAUUGAAAUGUAUCAGACCGCCAUUUCCAACGCCAAGGCUGCAGGCGAGACUAGCAAAGUUCGAAGAUAUGAACGCGGGCUGAAGACUCUACAGUCCAUGCUAACAUCUGCCAGGAAAGGAAAACCAGUCAAUGAAGAAGAGAUGCCUCCACCUGUUGCUCUCGGCGGAAAGUCGGAUGCCCCAGCCCAGCCUGAAGUGGUUAAAGACCGGGAGGUGCCCAAGCCUGUGCUGGUCCCUCCCCCUCCCACCAAUCAGAAACCUCAGAGGGAAGCUGACCCGACACCUCUGAACACUAAGCCAACGCGUUUGAUCCCUCCCCAAAAGCCAGCUGCUGCCAUGACUCCGGAAACACCUGCCAUCUCCCCCCUCACACCCAGCCAGCCUGAUGCUCAUCACUCAGAGGCGAAACAGGCAGUGUUGACCAGACAGAGGGAUUAUAAGGUGGCUGCCAUACACGCCAAACAGAGCGGCAACAUCGACCAGGCCAAACAGCACUACCUCACUGCCAAGAACCUCGAUGUGAUACUGGAGGCGCUGGACCGGGGCGAACCAGUAGACCUGAGCUCACUGCCUCCUCCACCUGGAGACGUAAUAACAGAGCAAAGUGCACCUCCUCAAUCUUCUUCUAAACCUGACCCCCCUGCUGCUCCUGCUGCUCCUGCGCCCACGCAGGUGGCCAGUGCGGACCUGCCUGCUCCCAAAAGUUUGGCCGAAGCCCUGCAGCAGAGGUUGGACAUAUACAGGUCAGCAGCAGAGGGAGCUAAGAGCAAAGGGGACGAUCGCAAGGCCCGUAUGCAUCAGCGCAUUAUGAAGCAAUAUCAGGACGCCAUCAAAGCUCACAAAGCUGGCCGACCUGUUAACUUAUCUGAUCUACCCGUGCCACCAGGCUGUCCACCGCUUCAGGGCACAGAGGGUGGUCAGCAGAACUUCAUGGGUGUCCUGGAAACAGCAAUGAAAAUAGCAAACCAGGAUGCAGACGCAGAAGAUGAGGAAGAGGAUGAGCAAGAAGAAGCUGCCAAGGCUGUGGUGCGUCCACCUGUCCAGAAAGCAAAGUCUCCAGCUCCUCAGGCUCCUGCAGGCUCCUCAACUCCGAAACUGGGAGCUAAAGCCCAGCAGCAAUUGGAUUUCCUGUUGCUAAGGCGACAAGCUUUCAUGCGUGCGGCACUGCGCUCCAAAAAUAUGAAGGACAUGACAGGAGCAGCACAGCACCUCAGACAUGCCAAAGGACUGGACGCCAUGAUCACUGCUGCAAAGUCUGGCCUACCUGUUGACAUCACCAAGAUUCCCAGUCUUCCAGUAAAUGAGGAGGACUACACCCUGGCUCGUUCCCGUACCUCUCCUUCUUCUCGUACCACAAGCGAGCAGUACCAUAACCUCAUGGAUCACUUGAAAAAGCAGUACGAGAAAUGUCUGGGCCUCUCCCAGCAAUUCACAAACACGGGAAACGUGGCUGAGGCUUUAAAGUCUGAGAAGUUACUUGGGGAGACCAUGAAGUACAUAGAGAUUCUAAAGAGCGCCUACACAAAGGGUCAUCCAGUCCCCAAGUGCCACACAGAGGAGAGAACCUUCAACUCUAUCAAGAUCAACCCCAACCUGACACUCAAUGACCUGAUACUGUACAUCACCCGAGGCAUCAACCUCCCAGCUCCCUCUGGUGUCUCUGCUAAUGAUCUGGAUGCCAGUGUAAAAUUUGAGUUUCCUUUUCCCAGCGCGGAGGAGGCUCAGAGGGACAAAACCAACACAGUAAAGAACACCAGCAGUCCAGAGUUUAAAGAGACUUUCAGACUCAACAUCAGCCGCGGCCACAGGGCCUUUAAACGAGUCAUACAAUCCAAGGGAAUCAAGUUUGAAAUCAUCCACAAGGGAGGCCUGUUUAAGAAUGACAAAGUAGUGGGAACUGCUCAGCUGAAGCUAGAAGGUCUAGAAAAUCACUGUGAAAUCAGAGAGAUCUUAGAGGUGAUGGAUGGACGUAAAACUACAGGUGGCAAGCUGGAGGUGAGGGUGAAGAUCAGAGAGCCUCUGUCAGGCGUCGAGCUGCAUCCAGUGAAGGAGAAGUGGCUGACUCUCGAACCAGUCUCCACGCCUCCAGAGAAACAAAAGGAACGGGCUCCAUCUCCUCGGUCCAAACCGAGACAUGAUGGAAACGGCAGGAGCAGCUCGGAUCAGCCUGCAUCUCCUCGGUCUAAACCAAAACACGAGGCGAGCAGCAGGAGCGGUCACUCCAGCAGCUCUCCUCCACAGUACAAACUCCACAGCUUCAGCCUCCUCAACUACGACAAGGAGCGGCUGGAGAGGAAGAUUACAGACUACAGAAAGAACAAGCGGGAACCCCCGUCUGACCUCACCCAUCAGCACAAAGAGGUCACACACCGACUGCAGUGGCAGAAAGCGCAGCUGGAACGAGCCUCUCCUGCCAUGCUCACAGAAUAUGAAAACGUGCUGCAACGCUUCGUUCAAGGACUUUCUGAGUCUGUGAAAAAAUACUCCAGCCAAGGAAACCGGGACGCUGCCAAGGAUGCACUGGGCAGGUUGAAGAUGGUUGAGAAUGAGCUGGAAUCGCUGAAGAGGAAACGCACUGGAUGAGAGCAGAAUAAGGAGUGGAGCCUUGGCUGGAGUACUGUUCUCUCUCUCUCUCUCUUUCUCUCUCUCUCUCUCUCUCUCUCUCUCCCUCUCUCUCCCUUUCUCUCAUACACACUCAUAUACCAAACGCUACAGUGGGUACGAUAAGCACCUUUAGCAUGAUUCAGUGCUGCAAAACAACUGCAUGAGCUAAACUGCUAAUUCAGUCAGUUGUUCCUUUAGCUUGUGUCAUAUGUGGUUAGUUACCUGCCACAAUAACCUAACAAACGGCUGCAACCACCAAGCAGACGGCAAUUAAAAACACAUCCAAAUGUGUAAAGAGGGAGAUGCAUUUGCACUUAAACAAGACAAACACUACAGGAAACUGCUUCUAAAGAAUGGCUUUACAGACUUUACUGGUAUUCUAUUUUGUUUUGGGGUUUUUUGUUUUUUCCCAACUUUCCUGUGACAAUUCUUGAUGAAGUAAUCUGCCAGAAGACUUGGAUGUUUUACAUUCGGCACCGGCUUUUGGUGUCUACAGAUGACCAAAAAUAUGUGUGUGUGAAGGUGUGUGUGUGUGUGUGUGUGUGUGUGUUUGUCCACGCACUCUUAGGUGUGUUUAACCAGUGAACUAGAGUUUUUUUUUUAACCUUUUUCCCUGUAUUUUAUGUGUGUAAUGAGCUUAAUCUAAUCUGUCUGCUCCAGUGUUCACAGAUUACAGUAAUCUGCUCCGUUUGGAGUGCUGUGAUACGGGAAUAAAAAAAAAACAACAAAAAAACGGGGCUUCGGGGUGCAGCAGCCUACAUCCCAUAAUAAGGGAUUAGUGUUUAUGUCACCAAAGAGGCGACUACAUCAGACGUAGAGUCGCCUCUGGGGGCUGGGAAGAGGGGUUUUAACAGCGAGCCAUGAAUGUGGUAGAAGCUUAGCCUCGCUAAGAGAUUGCUGCGUCUUCAUCAGCUGUUUCUUCUUUGUCGUCUUCGUCAUCUUAUUUUCCUCGCACCCUUUCCUUUCAAGAUUAUUCUUGAUUAAUAGGCUGCCCUACUCAGAAUCUGUUUAAACUCUUAAACAAUAUGAAGCCCGCUGUGCUGUCACUUAGUUUAAAACAGUUUAGAGCUGCUGCGUCAGAGUGCUUUUUCCCCACAGAUUGUGGUGGAUGCAAAAACAGAAUUUGUCCCAUUGAGCUCUCCAGUGGCAGCACAGUGGAUACUGAAAAAUCUACCCACAGGAAGGCGGCCCGAUACGUGUCAGUAUGGCUGAGUAAUUGCUCAUUUCUGUCUCAGUUCUCCCACAGACACCUGUGUCAUCAUCAUCUUCCUCUCUGCCUUCACUUCUUUUUGGAGAAUGAAGUCAAGGGGACAAAAUACAGAUAAAACCACUUAAACUUUGACACGCUGACAGAGGUGGGCAGAUUGCAACGAUCAGAAUGAUUUGCCACAACACCACAAGAUGUACAAAAAAUAAUAAUAAUCCAACAAAUGUGCGCUGCUAUGUAUUCUGAGAUCUGAGCAGAUGUUUGGUGUGCUAACCUGACAGUAGCUCCUGUUCCACGUUGAUUGCAUCCAGCCGGGAUGUAGCAGACUACUUUAAGUGAGCCUUAUUGUGCAUUUUGUGUUUGAAUCCUCAAUAUUAACGAUGUCUGGUAACUCCAGUUAAUAGUUUUUCGGUCAUGUGACACGUCAGAUAAUCAUGUGUUCACGCUAAUCCACUCACUGCUUCACUCCAUUAGCAAAUAAUCCCGGUUAAAGUUGGCCUUCCACUGUGUGGUGACCCUUAUGUAACACCCGUUGCCCCACUUUUUUUUUUUUUUUUUAAUCAACAGAGGACAUCUUUUGACUCUUUGUAAAUGUUAUGCGGAUUUUGAUCACCUCGUAUUAUUUUGUAGAUAGACCGUAGCAUUAGAACAUCAGAUUGCAGCAUUAAACAUGGCUUCAAAUCUGUAAACGUGCUCCCUUUUCUUCUAGGUAAUCGUUUGUGUCUUAUUUAAAUCUUUGUACGGCAGACUUUUAGAAAAUAAUCUUGAAGGCUCCUAAAACUCGAGCCAAGCAGGUCUGGAUUAAUGUCAGUGAUGCAUUUGUGCAGCAGUGUAGUUUAAGUACAAAUUUAUUUGUAAAGCUUUGGGCAUUAAGAAAGAUUUAAAUAGAAUCUGAGGAUUACACAACUUAAGCAAAUUUGAAGGUUCUGCUAAUGGUUUUCAUACUGUACACAGGGGCAGAGCCAAGGGGUGAACACAGCUGAAAGUCUGAACCACCUCUCUGUCCGGACCUUACAGUCAGCUGGUAAUCUGUUAGAGGGGCUAUGCAUGUAAAAACUGUAGUAAACAUGCGCCUGUUUGUUUCAGCAGAACCAUUUUCUUUGACAAUCAGCAGAGUUUCACAUAAAAAACAAAAUUCUUAAAGUCCUUAUGGUGGACCUCUAUAAGUUGUAUAAGUUAAUAAUGAAACUGAAUGACCAAUAUUUGGAUAUCAGUUUCUGGGUCGCCGGAAGUAAUGGCCUCAUGUUAGCAACACACAGAAAGAAAAGAAGCCCCCAAUAACUGCUUAUAACUUUUUUUAAAAAACGGACUAGUAUUUAAUUUUAUUGUUCCCGUGUUCUGUUUUGUUUUUCCCGUGGAUGAAACGCAAAGCUGACCUAAAAUGAUCAGAAUAAUAUGAAAACAGAACAUCUGUCCCAGGAGUGGGGUUCACAGAAAGACCAGCUCUAAUGGAAAAAAGUGAGUAGGACUAAAACAACAACAACACAAAGAUGUCGUUCCGAUUAAAAGAAAAACAUCUGAGUGCGACCGUGUAGCAGCUGCAUGUGUGAGCCUGCACAAAAAGUGCAACUGCACACUGCCACCCCAUCCCCACCUAGACCACCCCCACUUUUUUUUUUCUUUUAAAUCCAGAGCUGUAACCCCGCGUCACCCCAAACACACAAACGCACUCCUGCCACAUCACCCCACUCCCCAAAUAACCUUGCGGCCUCUGAGGCUGACCUGUUGUCGUGGCAACAAGCUCAUCAGCAUUCAGUGUAGUAGGUGGAUGGUCAGGACCCGGGUGGAGGGACAUAUUGUUAGUUUGUCCUGCUGGUGACUCACACUCCAUUUCUGCAUAUACAACACACCACACACACACACACACACACUCCUGCUCACUCUCUUUUCAUACAAUUGUUUGGAUCUCUGUCUUUAUCCUGUUAUUGAUUUCAUUUUAAAAAGUUUGGUCUAAGUUUUGUUAUUUUUUUGUUGUUUUUUACUACUUUCUUCCUGAUGAGUUGGGUAAAUGUAUCCAUUUAUUGUUGAAGCUGACAUCUUUUUAAAAUUUGCUAAGUCACGUAAGGGCAAUCAUUAUAAAUGUAAUAUUUAUAUUUGGUAAAUAUACGGCAUAAUAUGCUCUGUCUCUUUUUUUUUUAAGUGAAUGUCUUGAUGAUUGAUGCAGUUUAAAAUGGGAAUGUGUGACGGCCUGAUUCUUGAGGCUUUAUUAUCUUAUGUAUGAGGUUGGUGUUGACACGAAUAAAGUGGUGAAACCGCAGUGA